AUGAGACAGGCAGGAGUGUUCUCCUUAUGUGACUAGGCACAAGUUCCAAGUGGGGAGGGGACUGGCUCAGCAUCCGGAGCCAAAACAAGAAUAGAACUGGGAGCUGAGCCUGAAGCAGUCAGGCUUUGGCUUCUCUGCAUCAACACAGCCAGCAUGCCUAUGAUUUCUGUGCUGGGUAAAAUGUUUCUGUGGCAGCGUGAAGGGCCUGGAGGAAGAUGGACUUGUCAGACAAGUCGCAGAGUGGCUUCAGACCCUGCCUGGGCUGUGGAGUGGAUCGAACUCCCUCGAGGUCUUUCUCUGUCUUCUUUGGGAUCUGCUCGGACUCUCCGAGGCUGGAGCCGGUCCCCGCGUCCUUCUUCUGUAGACAGCCAGGACUUGCCAGAGGUGAAUGUUGGAGACACAGUCGCGAUGCUGCCCAAGUCCCGGAGAGCCCUAACCAUCCAGGAGAUCGCUGCACUGGCCAGAUCUUCCCUGCAUGGUAUUUCCCAGGUGGUGAAGGACCACGUGACCAAACCCACAGCCAUGGCCCAGGGCCGUGUGGCCCACCUCAUCGAAUGGAAGGGCUGGAGCAAGCCCAGUGACUCACCUGCGGCUUUGGAAUCAGCCUUUUCCUCCUAUUCAGACCUCAGUGAAGGUGAACAAGAGGCUCGCUUUGCAGCAGGAGUUGCUGAGCAGUUUGCGAUUGCAGAAGCUAAGCUCCGAGCAUGGUCCUCAGUAGAUGGUGAUGACUCCACUGAUGACUCCUAUGACGAGGACUUUACUGGGGGAACCGACACAGACAUGGCUGGGCCUCUGGGGUCCCACCUCCAGGACCUCUUCACAGGUCGUCGAUUCUCCAGGCCUGUGCGCCAGGGCUCUGUGGAGCCAGAGAGCGACUAUUCCCAGACCGUGUCCCCAGAUACCCUGUGCUCUAGUCUGUGCAGCCUGGAGGAUGGGUUGCUGGGCUCCCCAGCCAGGAUGACCUCCCAGAUGUUGGGUGAAGAGCUGCUCCUUGCCAGACUGCCCCCGAGCCGGGAAAGUGCCUUCCGCAGCCUGGGUCCGCUGGAGGCCCAGGACUCACUUUACAAUUCACCACUCACGGAAUCCUGCCUUUCCCCUACCGAGGAGGAGCCUGAUUCUUGCAAGGACUGCCCACUGCUCUGCCCACUACCCUCAGGCAGCUGGGAGAGGCAGCAGCAAGUCUCUGAUGUGGCCUCUUCUGGGGUCGUAUCCUUAGAUGAGGACGAGGUGGAACCUGAGGACCAGUGAUCCAGACAUGCCCAGUGGUGGCAUGUCUCCCCUGGCUGCUGCUCUCUGUGGCCAAAAUGUGGGCUCUGGAGCUCCGAGGGCCUCUGGGAGCACUCACUUCUCCAUUGUGUGUUUUGCAUGAAAGUGUUUGGAGAGGAGGCAGGGGCCAGACUAGGGGCGCAUGUACUGCUUCCACUCUUGGGGUUUGCCGGGGUUUGCCCGGGACCCCUGGGGCAUGGCUACAGCUGUGGCAGACAGUGACGUUCAUGUUUCUUGAAUCCAACCAGAAUGCCACAUUUCCUUCUGGGAUGUGAACCUGAAGGGGUUGUGGCUGGGCUGGGAGGGUGGGAAUGGAGGAACCCU